GUGUGUGAACUUUCAUAUUAAGUCGUUUUUUGUCCCAAGAUACAAAGAAAAUGAACUGCCCUGCAAAAAUUACAAUAAGAGAUGUGGUUUAUUUUCCAGAUUUUAAAGCAGAAGCAAACACUGAAUGCCGAAAGCGUACUGUCGCUGAAAAACUGAAGGAGGACUGGAGCAACAAAAAAGAAACAUUUAAUUUUGAUAGAAAAAUUGUUGUUACUUUCCCCUUAGAAGACGAACACGAAGGUCAUUUAGUUGGAAAAAGGGCUGGUUUGUCACUACAAGUUGAUUCUAAAAUUAUUUCCAAAAUUUAUCAAUUAGUUGGAGAAGGGAUCCGAAAUCCACGUGAAAUGCAAAGAUCUAUUCGUGUAUAUGUAAAAGACGAACUAUUUACAGGACUAGAAUUACCACCAACAUCAUCUAGAAGAUACUACCCAAAAAUUCAAGAUAUAUGAAAUCAUAUGUAUAAAGCUGCUACAAAGUUGAAAUUUUCUAAACUGGAUCAAGAAAAUCUCCAGCAAAAGGUUGAAGAAUGGAGAAAUAAAUACCCAAGAGAUAUGUUUUAUUAUCGUGGUUACGGAGAAGUUACAGACCAUAGCAAAGAAUUAGAAGUUUCAGAAAAAUUUAACAGAGAAGAUGAAGAAGAUAUUUUUUCUAACGUACUUCCUACAAAACAAAAACUUCUUUUUAUUCACCAGACAAUAAGUCAAAAAGAACUUCUUUAUAAAUAUGGCAAUCAUAUAUGUCUACUAGAUGCCACUUAUAAAUCUACUAGAUGUUCAAUCCCGUUGUUCUUUGUUGUUGUAAAAACAAACAGUAACUAUCAGGUAGUAGCGUCCUUUGCAGUGCAAGAUGAAACUACUGAUACAAUAACAGAAGCACUAAAAAAAUUAAGUCAGUGGAAUCCAGAAUGGAACCCUAAGUGUUUUAUGACUGAUAACUGUGAGGCAGAAAUUUUAUCAAUCGAAAAUGUUUUUAAAGAUUGCUUUGUUAUUCUCUGUGAUUUUCACCGUGAGCAAGUGUGGGAAAGAUGGUUGUCUGCUAGUGCAAAUGGAAUGAGAUCAGUCAAGCACACUGCUCUUUGUUUACUUAUACGAAUAGCUGCUUCUAAAACACAGGAAGAAUAUGACAUUGCUAUACAAGCUCUACACAAGGAUCCAAUAUGGAUCUCUACAAAUAGCAUUAAAUUUAAAAAUUACAUAGAAAACACAUGGUUGCCUGAGAAAAAGCGUUGGGUCAAAGCAUUCAGAAGUGGAAUAUUAGAGACAGUUGUAAAUACAAACAACGGUGUUGAGCGAAAGAACAGAGAUUUCAAACAUGAGUUUUUAAAUCAGUAUAAGGAUAACUCGUUAAGUGGAAUGGUGACAGUUCUUGUUGAUCAAUUUAUACUUGAGACAUACAGCAGGUAAACUUUUGACAAAAGCAAUUAUACUGAAAAGCAAUUAUACUUUCAUUAUACUGAAAUGACAAUGCAAACAUUCGUUGUUAA